GAAGUCCAUGAGGCCAAAUCUGACUCCUAAAAAACAAAAAACAAAGGAAACCUGCACCAAAUGCCCUCCAGGGCCGCCUCAGAAGCCUGCUGCCACUCACAGUGUGAUGCAAAAUGGCACCCCCUACGGGUGUGCUCUCUUCAUUGCUGCUGCUGGUGACAAUUACAGGUUGUGUCUGUAAGCAGUGCAGUGAGGGGAGGACGUAUUCCAAUGCAGUCAUUUCACCGAACUUGGAAACCACCAGAAUCAUGCUGGUGUCUCACACCUUUCCUGUGGUGGACUGCACAGCCGCUUGCUGUGACCUGUCCAGCUGCGACCUAGCCUGGUGGUUUGAGGGCCGCUGCUACCUGGUAAGCUGCCCACACAAAGAGAACUGUGAACCCAAGAAGAUGGGCUCCAUCAGGUCUUUUCUCACUUUUGUACACAGGCCUGUCCAGAGGCCUGCACAGCUACUGGACUAUGGGGAGAUGAUGCUGAACAGGGGUUCCCCCUCAGGGGUCUGGGGAGACUCACCUGAGGAUAUUAGAAAGGACUUGCCCUUUCUAGGCAAAGAUAGGGGCCUAGAGGAGAUGUCUGAGUACUCAGAUGACUACAGGGAGCUCGAGAAGGACCUCUUGCAGCCCAGUGGCAAGCAGGAACCCAGAGGGAGUGCUGAAUACACUGACUGGGGCCUGCUACCUAGCAGCAAGGGGGGCUUCAACACCUCUGCAGGAGACAGCCCUGCAGCGCCAUUGGAGAAGCAGCAGGACCCAGAUCUCCAUUACAAGGAUCCAGAGCUCCAUAAACCGAAUGAGUCGGCUUGGACCCCUACCCCAAAACACUCUCCUGAGAGAAGUUUGUUGCUUCCCAUGGUGACUACUCCAUCUUCAGGAGAGGUGUUGGAGAAAGAAGAGGCUUUUCAGCACCUGGAACAAUCUAGCAACAGCUCUGGAAAAGAGGUUCUAAUGCCUUCCCAUAAUCCUCCUCCAGCCAGCCUGGAGCUUAGCCCAACUACUGUCGAGAAAAGCCCGGUGCUCACAGUCACCCCAUGGACCAUGGAGCACAGCAUCCCAACGCUUCUCACUAGCACUGACCCCUCUGGGUCCACCCCAUCUGAGCAACCCAUAUCUCCUACCACUUCUCCCAGGACAGUGAAAGAACUUACGGUGUCUGCUGGAGAUAACCGAAUAAUAACUUUUCCCAACAAUGAAGUUGAGCUGAAGGCCUUUGUUGUGCCAGCACCACCUGCAGAAACAACCUACAGCUAUGAAUGGAGUUUAAUAAGACAUCCUGUAGACUACAAAGGUGAAAUAAAACAAGGACACAUGCAAACCCUUAACCUUUCUCAGUUGUCAAUAGGACUUUAUGCCUUCAAAGUAGCCGUUUCUAGUGAAGAUGCCUUUGGAGAAGGAUUUGUCAAUGUUACUGUUAAGCCAGCCAGAAGACUCAACCUGCCACCCGUAGCAAUUGUUUCUCCACAAAGACAAGAGCUUACUUUGCCUUUGACAUCAGUCCUCAUCGAUGGCAGCCAAAGUACAGAUGAUACUAAUAUAAUGAGUUAUCACUGGGAAGAAAUUCACGGGCCCUUCAUAGAAGAGAAGAUCACAGUUGACUCCCCCGUCUUACAUUUGUCUAACCUUGUUCCUGGCAACUAUACUUUCAGGUUGACCAUCACAGACUCGGAUGGAGCCACAAACUCCACUACGGCAGCCCUCAUAGUCAACAGUGCUGUGGACUACCCCCCAGUUGCCAAUGCGGGACCAAAUCAGACCAUAACUUUGCCCCAGAACUCCAUCACUUUGAAUGGAAAUCAGAGCAGUGAUGAUCACCAGAUCAUCCUCUAUGAGUGGUCCCUGGGUCCUGGGAGUGAGGGCAAAGAAGUGGCCAUGCAGGGAGUACAGACACCAUACCUCCAUUUAUCUGCAAUGAAGGAAGGAGGUUAUAUGUUUCAGCUGAUGGUGAUGGAUUCAUCAGGGCAACAAUCUACUGCUGUGGUUUCUGUGAUUGUCCAGCCUGAAAGCAAUAGGCCUCCGGUGGCUGUGGCCGGCCCUGAUAGAGAGCUGGUAUUCCCAGUGGAAAGUGCUACCCUGGAUGGGAGCAGGAGCAGUGAUGACCACGGCAUUGUCUUCUACCACUGGGAGCAUGUCAGAGGCCCCAGUGCAGUGGAGAUGGAAAAUAUUGACAAGGCGAUAGCCACUGUGACUGGCCUUCAGGUGGGAACCUACCAUUUCCGGUUGACAGUGAAAGACCAACAGGGACUGAGCAGCAUGUCCACCCUCGCCUUGGCUGUGAAGAAGGAAAAUAAUAGUCCUCCAAGAGCCCAGGCCGGUGGCAGACAUGUUCUUGUGCUUCCCAAUAAUUCCAUUACUUUGGAUGGUUCAAGGUCUACGGAUGACCAAGGAAUUGUGUCCUAUCUGUGGAUCCGGGAUGGCCAGAGUCCAGCAGCUGGGGAUGUCAUCGAUGACUCUGACCAUGGCGUGGCCCUGCAGCUUACAAAUCUGGUGGAGGGAGUGUAUACUUUCCACUUGCAAGUUACUGACAGUCAGGGAACUUCGGAUACGGACACUGCCAUUGUGGAAGUGCAGCCAGACCCCAAAAAGACUGGCCUGGUGGAGCUGACCCUGCAGGUUGGCGUCGGGCAGCUGACAGAGCAGCGAAAGGACACCCUUGUAAGGCAGCUGGCUCUGCUGCUGAACGUGCUGGACUCGGACAUUAAGGUCCAGAAGAUCCAGGCCCACUCGGAUCUCAGCACCAUGAUUGUGUUUUAUGUACAAAGUGGGCCACCUUUCAGGGUUCUCAAAGCUGCUGAAGUCACCCGAAAUCUGCACAUGCGGCUUUCAAAGGAGAAGGCUGACUUCUUGCUUUUCAAGGUCUUGAGGAUUGACACAGCAGGUAUGUCCCUUACAGAAAUAUUCCAAAAGAAUCAGACUAGCCAAUCAUGGAUAAGUUUUACAGGCACAGAAAGACAA